UUUACCAACCAACCAAUCAAAAAUUCAGUAAAAAAAAAUAAAAAAAAUUAGUGCAUAAAACCAAUUUAAUUUCCACCUCCGACCACUCCUCUUUCGACGCUGCUCCUCCUCUUCCUUUCCCGGAGCAGCGUCCAAACCUAUAUUCCAAUCCACCCAAAAAAAACAAAAAACCAAAUCAAGAAAAAAAAUAUUAAAAAAAACUAAAAAAAAAAAUGCCGCCUCCGGCUAAACUUUUAUGUUUCUUGAUCUUCGCGGCCGUGUCGGCCAUCGCUCCGGCGGCGGGGGUGAACCACUCCACCCCCGUAGGCAAGCUGAAGAAGCGCCACGCCAGCAAGCACCCGCCUCCGGCGCCGGCGUUCGUGCCCGUCUUCAACUGGGAGCAGCAGGAGUACCUCAAGGCCCACAACGACCUCCGCCAGAAGGUCGGCGUGCCGCCGCUAGUCUGGAGCCCUGCUCUGACGAAGCACGCGCAUGCAUGGGCGGAGCACCGCCGCGUCGACUGCAACUACCGGAGCCACUCGCCGUACCAGUUCGGCGAGAACAUUUACUGGGAGAGCUACAACGAGUUCACGCCGACCGACGUGGUCCAGUGGUGGUUCAACGAGUACAAGCUGUACGACAACGAGACGCUUAGCUGCACUUGCCAGCCGGAGCGGGCCGGGUGCGAAUGCGGGCAUUACUUGAAUAUCGUCUGGAGCACCACCACCCGGUCGGGUGCAGCGCGCCGUUAUUGCUAUAAUCAGAACGGGUGUUUACGUUGUCUGCAUAUAUGACCCACCCGGGUUGAUCCCCGGUAUCAACCCCGUUCAACGGUUCUAGGAUAUUAUUUUGAGCAUUAAAUUAAAUAGUACCCUUUUAUAUAUAUAUAAAUAUAUAUGCAGUAAUAAACGGGACAUCCCUUUUUUCGUUAAUCUACUAAUUUUUUUUUCUAGGCAAUAGGAUUUUAAAAUUUAUUGUAUUCGUUUUCCCCGUUUUUCGAGGUAUAAAUGAUAUAAU